AUGGUCUUUAAACUAAUGCCACAGCACAGCAGCACAUGACCGCUGUAAUAAAACUUGAAAACAAAGAAAGAUUCAAGUGUCUCGUGUUCUAGACUUCCCUGACUUUUCAAAUUCGAUGGCUUUCAUAUUUCUCCCACACCCAAUAAUUCAUCUUUAUAUAUUCUAUUUUUGGCCUUAGUUUAUUGCUAUAUCAACUACUUUACAGAGUACAGAGUUUCAUCUCCUCAUUUCUCUCUGUCUUUCCAUUAGUACAGGCUAUAAAAAGUUUAGUUGCAGAGAUUGUGGAAUUAAGUGAGGGUUUGAGAGAGUUCUUGAUGAUAUAGCUUGUGGGGUGUGCUUGUUUUGAGGUGAUUCUUGAGGGUUUUGAGUUUUGAUUGGUUUUAGUAAAGAUGGAUGGGGCUAAUAUUUAUAGGGCUAGUCAUAGUAUAAGGCAGAGUGGGAGGAGCUCAAGGGAGAAGAUGGGGAGUGUGAGAAUGGGGAGCAUGAGGACUGGGAGUACUUCAAUCUGGAGAGAUCAGGGAAUGGAUGUGUUUUCUAAGUCUGUGAGAGAUGAGGAUGAUGAGGAGGCCUUGAAAUGGGCUUCUCUUGAGAAGCUGCCUACUUUUGAUAGGCUGAGGAAAGGGUUGCUUCUUGGAUCACAAGGUGCUGGAUUUGAUGAAGUUGAUGUUGAUGAUCUUGGGAUUCAGCAGAGGAAGAAUUUGCUUGAGAGGCUGGUGAAGGUUGCUGAGGAGGAUAAUGAGAAGUUCUUGAUGAAGCUCAGGGAUCGAAUCGAUAGAGUUGGAGUUGAGUUACCAACAAUCGAGGUCAGAUUCCAGAAUUUGAAUAUCGAAGCAGAAGCUUUUGUAGGAAGCAGAGCUUUGCCUUCUUUUAUUAACUUCAAUCUUAGUAUUUUGGAGGGAAUUUUAGGCAUUUUCCAUUUACUUCCUAAUAACAAGAAGAAAUUAACUAUCCUUGAAGACGUUAGCGGAGUCCUCAAACCUUGCAGGAUGACAUUACUUUUAGGUCCUCCUAGUUCAGGAAAGACUACACUGAUGCUUGCCUUGGCUGGGAAGCUCGAUCCCACCCUAAAGACUUCUGGAAGUGUGACUUACAAUGGUCACAGCAUGCAAGAGUUUGUUCCCCAGAGAACAGCUGCGUAUAUCAGUCAAUAUGAUCUUCAUAUAGGAGAAAUGACAGUAAGGGAAACAUUGGCUUUCUCAGCACGAUGCCAAGGGGUCGGAUCACGCUAUGAAAUGUUGGCAGAGCUGGCAAGAAGAGAGAAAGACGCAAAUAUUAAACCUGAUCCUGAUGUCGAUAUUUACAUGAAGGCAGCUGCAACAGCAGGUCAAGAAGCUAGUGUGGUGACAGAUUAUGUCCUGAAGGUUUUGGGACUUGAUGUGUGUGCAGACACUAUGGUAGGAGACCAGAUGAUUAGGGGAAUAUCUGGAGGACAAAAGAAGCGUGUUACAACAGGAGAGAUGUUGGUGGGACCAGCAAGAGCACUUUUUAUGGAUGAAAUUUCUACUGGUUUGGAUAGUUCCACAACAUUUCAAAUUGUAAAAGCACUCCAGCAUAGUGUGCACAUUCUGCAAGGAACUGCUCUCAUAUCUCUCUUGCAGCCAGCACCAGAGACUUUUGAGCUGUUCGAUGACAUCAUACUCUUAUCUGAUGGCCACAUAGUGUAUCAGGGUUCCCGUGAACACGUGCUCUCCUUUUUCGAAUCUAUGGGUUUUAAGUGUCCACAAAGAAAAGGUGUUGCUGAUUUCUUGCAAGAAGUGACAUCAAAGAAGGAUCAGAAACAGUACUGGCUACACAAAGAUCAGCCUUACAGAUUUGUUACAUCAAAAGAAUUCUCCGAGGCUUUCCAGUCAUUCCAUGUUGGACAACGAGUUGGAAACGAUCUUGCAACCUCAUAUGAUAAAAGUAAAAGCCAUCCAGCUGCUUUGACGACUGAGAAGUAUGGUGUUAACAAGACUGAACUUUUGAAAGCUGUAACUGCAAGAGAAAUUUUGCUUAUGAAGAGGAACUCAUUUGUCUACAUAUUUAAGUUGUUUCAACUUACAGUGAUGUCAUUGAUAACCAUGACAUUGUUCUUAAGAACUGAGUUGAGCCAAGAUACAUUUACUGAAGGAAACUUGUACAUGGGUGCUUUAUUUUUUGGUGUUGUUAUGCUGAUGUUUAAUGGAUUGGCAGAGCUUGCCAUGACUAUAGCGAAGCUUCCUGUCUUUUACAAGCAAAGAGACCUUCUCUUUUUUCCUGCAUGGUCAUAUGCUCUUCCAACAUGGAUAACGAAAAUACCUGUGACAUUUCUGGAAGUUGGCGUGUGGGUCUUCCUCACUUAUUAUGUUAUUGGAUUUGAUCCAAAUAUUACAAGAUUUGCUAAACAAUACCUGAUACUCUUACUGGUCAACCAAAUGGCUUCUGGACUCUUCCGCAUGGUGGGGGCACUGGGAAGGAAUAUGAUUCUUGCAAACACAUUUGGAGGAUUUGCAUUGCUUAUACUUUUCGCAUUGGGUGGCUUUGUCCUAGCUCGAGGGGAUGUUGCAUCUUAUUGGAUAUGGGGUUAUUAUAGCUCCCCAAUGAUGUAUGGCAUGAAUGCCAUUGCUGUUAAUGAAUUCCUUGGUCACCAAUGGCACAAGUUAAAUAAAAAUUCGAACGAUACCAUUGGGGUCGCAGUUCUGAAGAGUCGAGGAUUCUUUCCAUAUGCAUACUGGUAUUGGAUAGGGGCAGGGGCACUUGUUGGAUUUAUUCUGCUACUCAACUUUGGGUACACAUUGGCACUUAUGUAUCUCGACCCUCUGGGGAAACCACAAGCCACUUUACCAGAUGAAAGUGAUCCUGCUGCCACUGAAUUGGAAGAGUCCGCUGCUGGAAAUCAGAAAAAGAAAGGAAUGGUUCUCCCAUUUGAACCACAUUCUAUCACAUUUGAUGAUAUUAAAUAUUCUGUUGACAUGCCACAGGAAAUGAAAGAGCAAGGUGUUACUGAAGAUAAACUAUUACUUCUCAAAGGUGUGAGUGGAGCAUUCAGGCCAGGUGUCCUUACAGCUCUAAUGGGUGUCAGUGGUGCUGGUAAAACAACUCUGAUGGAUGUGCUAGCUGGUCGAAAAACUGGUGGAUAUAUUGAUGGUAACAUUACUGUUUCGGGGUAUCCUAAGAAGCAGGAGACUUUUGCACGGAUAGCGGGGUAUUGUGAACAGAAUGACAUCCACUCGCCUUAUGUGACUGUUUACGAGUCAUUGCUCUACUCAGCCUGGUUGCGGUUGCCUUCAGAAGUUGAUACUGCAAAAAGAAAGAUGUUUGUAAAUGAAGUUCUGGAACUUGUUGAAAUGGACACCUUGAAGGAAGCUCUAGUAGGGUUGCCAGGUGUAAAUGGUCUGUCGACGGAGCAGCGCAAGAGGCUAACCAUUGCAGUUGAAUUGGUAUCAAACCCCUCAAUAAUAUUCAUGGAUGAACCAACUUCUGGGCUGGAUGCAAGAGCUGCUGCAAUCGUGAUGAGAACAGUUAGGAAUACUGUAGACACGGGAAGAACAGUUGUUUGUACUAUCCAUCAACCAAGUAUCGACAUAUUUGAAGCUUUUGAUGAGCUUUUCCUGAUGAAGCGAGGAGGACUAGAGUUAUAUGCUGGGCCAGUGGGUCGGCAUUCUUGUGACUUGAUCAAGUACUUUGAGGCGAUUGAUGGAAUAAGUAAAAUCAAAGAUGGGUAUAAUCCAGCUACCUGGAUGCUGGAAGUUACUGCAUCAUCUCAAGAAAUGAUUCUGGGGGUUGAUUUCACUGAGAUUUACCACAAUUCGGAUCUCUACAAGAGAAACAAAGCCCUAAUUAGGGAAUUAAGUGCACCUCGUCCUGGUUCAUCGGAUAUUAGCUUUCCUACUCAGUACUCACAAUCUUUCAUAGUUCAGUGUGUAGCAUGUUUAUGGAAACAACGAUGCUCGUACUGGAGAAACACAUCUUAUACUGCAGUGAGAUUUCUUUUCACGACAGCUAUAGCAAUUAUGUUUGGGUCGAUGUUCUGGGACCUCGGUUCCAAAAUGGAUACUCGUCAGGAUCUCUUUAAUGCAAUGGGUUCUAUGUAUGCUGCUUGCCUCUUUCUUGGGGUCCAAAAUGCUGCUUCAGUGCAACCGGUUGUCGCCGUAGAACGAACAGUGUUUUACAGGGAAAGAGCUGCCGGAAUGUACUCAGCUUUGCCCUAUGCCUUUGCACAGGUUUUAGUAGAAAUUCCGUAUAUCAUGUUUCAAGCUGGAGUGUAUGGUAUUAUUGUCUAUUCUAUGAUUGGAUUCGACUGGACAGUCGCAAAAUUCCUCUGGUAUCUGUUCUUCAUGUUUUUCACCUUCCUUUACUUCACCUACUUCGGUAUGAUGACUGUGGCCGUGACUCCCAAUGCUGAUAUUGCUGCAAUCAUCGCUGCUGCAUUUUAUGGAAUAUGGAAUCUCUUUUCAGGAUUCAUCAUCCCACGACCUAGUACGCCCAAGUGGUGGAGGUGGUACGCUUGGGCAUGUCCCGUUGCUUACACAUUGUACGGUCUAAUUGCAUCACAAUUUGGAGAUAUUACCGAUAAGACCAUUCCUGACGAUAAUGAUGGAAGGCAAACUGUUCAGAAAUUUAUUGAAGAUUAUUUCGGGUUUAACCAUGAUUCUGUCUGGGCAGUUGCACUUGCAACAGCUGGAUUUGCAAUUGCUUUUGGCGCCAUAUUCGCCUACUCCAUUAAAGCGUUCAACUUCCAGAGACGGUAGAAAGCUUUGGUAGGAACUAUUUAUCGCGAUAUUUGCUGAUUUAGUGUCAGCAAAACGUAAAAACUCUCAAAUUGUUGUAAUGCUGUCUUUGUUUACUGUACUUCCUUCCAUGUAAAGAAAAUACGCAACUAAUUAAACUUUAUUUUAUUUUACAUUAUUAAUCGUUAUCAAGUUCUUGCUGGUUUCUCGGUUGA